UUAUUGCCACUUUCUCAUUGGAUUUCUCGCCGGUGCAUCUAAAUAAUCACAAAUCCAAGUCCUCCAGUUCGUCAUCGGUUCUAUUCUACAGCUUCAUAGACCAGAAAAAAGAAAGAGAAAGAAAACAAAAUGGCCAAAACCUUCGCCCGCGCCGAAGUCGCGCAACACAACAGCGAGGAUUCAGUCUGGUGCAUCAUCGACCACCGCGUCUAUGAUCUCACCGAUUUCCUCGACGCCCAUCCAGGCGGCAGUGUCGUUUUGAACCAGGUAGCUGGAAAAGAUGCGACGACGGAAUUCUACAACCUACACCGUCAGGAAGUCCUCGACAAGUACCGCGAUCUCUGCAUCGGGACCAUUGAAGGGGAAAAGCCCGAAGUUAUCGAGUCUGUUCCGGGGAGUUUGAGUCCGGUGCCGUAUGCGGAGCCCUUGUGGUUGCGAUCGCAGUUCAAGAGUCCUUAUUAUAAGGACAGUCAUCGGCGGUUGCAGAAGGCCGUGCGCGAGUUCACGGAUUUGUAUGUCACCCCUGAGGCGCAGCAGAAGGAGAAGGAUGGAACGUAUAUCAGUCAGGAGUUGAUUGAUCGGAUGGCCGAGACAAAUAUUUUGGCUAUGCGAUUGGGACCAGGGAAGCAUCUGCAUGGACGGGAUUUGUUGGGCGGUGCCGUUGAUGGAAAGGAGUUUGAUUAUUUGCAUGAUUUGGUCAUUGCGCAGGAGUUGGUCCGGGCAAAUGCUAGAGGUUUCUCAGAUGGAAACAUGGCUGGUAUGGCCAUCAGUUUGACGGCGGUCCAGCAAUGGCUUCGAAACGUCCCCUUACGUGAGAAGAUCACUCAGGAGGUCUUGUCCGGCAAGAAGAAGAUGUGUCUGGCCAUUACAGAGGCCUUUGCGGGCAGUGAUGUUGCAGGGCUUCGCACAACGGCUGAGAAGACGCCAGAUGGGAAGCACUACAUUAUCAACGGUACCAAGAAAUGGAUCACCAACGGCAUGUUUGCCGACUACUUUGUCACUGGCUGUCGAACAGAAAAGGGCUUCUCUGUUAUUCUGAUUCCCCGUGACGACAAUGUCGAAACCAAGCAGAUCAAGACUUCCUACUCGACUGCAGCAGCUACGGCAUUCGUGCAGUUUGAAAACGUCAAGGUCCCUGUGGAAAAUCUGUUGGGCGAGGAGCACAAGGGAUUCAUCGUGAUCAUGAGCAACUUCAACCACGAACGUUACAUGAUGGUUUGCGGCGUGGUGCGCAUGUCCAUGACAGUGGUCGAGGAGUGCAUGAAAUGGUGCAACCAGCGAAUUGUCUUUGGAAAGCGGUUGAUUGAACAGCCAGUCAUGCGACAAAAGCUCGCUCAUAUGAUCUCCCUCUGCGAGGCUAACCAAGCGUGGCUCGAAUCCAUCGCCUACCAGAUGUGCAACAUGACAUACGCCGAGCAAGCCGCCAACCUGGGCGGUCCCAUCGGUCUGCUCAAGUCGCAUGCCACCCGGGCUGCACAGGAGAUUGCCGACCAGGCAACCAACAUCUUUGGAGGACGUGGUAUCACCCAGACCGGUAUGGGCAGAAUCAUCGAGAUGUUCCACCGCACGUACAAGUUCGAUGCCAUUCUGGGUGGUACUGAGGAGAUCCUGGCAGAUCUGGGAGUGAGACAGGCCUUCAAGAAGUUCCCCAAGGCCAUGCUGUAAUUUAUAAGAUAUUAUUACUUUUUAUCAUUACCUAGUAGUAUUAUUGUUUGUGACAAUAUCAUUACCGUGUUU